GGGAAAGUUCAGCUCGGUUCCCGCGGUGGUGCAGGAAACGCUCCAGCAUGGAUCCGUCAGAGGUCGAGUUCCUCGCAGAGAAGGAGUUUGUGAAGAUUAUACCAAAUUUCAGCCUGGACAAGAUCUAUUUGAUUGGGGGCGAUCUUGGUCCCUUCAACCCUGGGCUGCCUGUUGACGUUCCCGUGUGGCUGGCGCUGAACCUCAAGCAGAGGCAGAAAUGCAGAAUCAUCCCUCCUGAGUGGAUGGAUGUCGAGAAACUGGAGGAGAUGCGAGAGCUGGAGCGAAGAGAGGAAGCCUUCACACCUGUCCCCAGCCCUUACUACAUGGAGCUCACCAAAUUAUUACUGAACCACGCAUCUGACAACAUUCCAAAAGCAGAUGAGAUUCGCACUUUGAUCAAAGACAUUUGGGACACUCGGAUCGCCAAACUCCGCUUGUCUGCUGACAGUUUCAUCAGUCAGCAGGAGGCUCAUGCCAAGCUGGAUAACAUGACUCUGAUGGAGAUCAACACCACACGAACGUUCCUCCUCGACUCUCUCAACUGCAUGUACAAGCUCCGCUCUAACCUGCAGCCCGGCUCCAGUAAGGGGCAGCUCACGGACUACUGAUCCUAAUCAUUCAGGUGUUUUGAACACGACCAGAACUUUCAAGACUGUUGCCAGACUGAGACUCAUUCCUCAAACUAUGAUCUUCUGAACCCGCCGGGUUCUGGACUGCUGGAAAGACUCUCUCCUCGGGAUCAUACGAGUUUUAUGCUGCCUUUUUAAAGGGACCAUAUCUCUUGAAUAAUUGCAUUUAUGGAAGCAGAUUUUAAAGAAUGUAUAGUUUGUAUCUGCAACAAGUGCCUGUUUUUCUUAAAUGAAUUAAGGGUGCCCAUUGUUUGUUUUCAUAAUGUGAUAAUAAAUGUAUUUCUAUGUUCAA